UAACAAAGUCGGUUACUAAUGGAGAAAAAAUGUCAAUCUUUCUUGUUCAAAACUCUUGUAUCUUAUAUAUAUAUAUAUUAAGAUGAUGUAUGUGAUCUAUGUAUAGAUAUCUACUGUGUAAUCAUAUUAAUAUAUAAUAUAAGAAUUUAGUAUUAUUUGGGAGAAUAAAAGAAAAAUGAAUAUAAAAAGCAAGAAAAACUAUGAGUGGCUUACUGCUUUUAGGCUGGAAAAUGUGACCACCAAACAUACCUUUCAAAACUUCAUUUCCUGUAUAUUAUAAUAUUCUAGUUAUUAAGAUUCAGAAUAGAAUAAGAGUUGGAUAAAAAGGGCAAGAGCCACUGCUUUUUUCUUUGGCUUGAAGAUCAUUUCAAUCUCUAAACUGUAAACAGUUUAUUUUUUCUGGGUCUUAAAGAUCUGAAUCAGAUUCAAAGCUCUGUUUUAAGAAAACUAAAAAUAAGUUUUUUCCUACAUGGGCUCAUUGGAUCGGUUGUUUAACAGGCAAAGAAGUGUUCAUGAGAUCCUUGGAGGUGGUCUUGUUGCUGAUGUGAUUUUAUGGAGACAAAAGAAUGUGACUGUGGGGAUACUAUUAGUAACAUUAGCUGCUUGGGUGGUUUUUGAGAAAUCUGGCUAUACUUUGUUAUCUCUACUCUCUAGUGUUUUCCUCCUCCUCAUUGUAAUUCUCUUCAUCUGGGCCAAAUCUGCUGCAAUUCUCAACAGACCUUCUCCACCUCUACCAGAGUUGCAUUUAUCAGAAGAAAUGGUAAAUGAAAUGGCUUCAUUCAUCCGCAUUCGCGUCAAUAAUUUACUCAGAGUUUCUCAAGAUAUUGCUCUUGGUAAAGACUCAAAAUUGUUCUUCAAAGUAGCUGGAUACCUCUGUCUGAUCUCCUUUGUUGGUGGCAUGACUGAUUUUCUUACUUUGGCAUACACCAGUCUUGUCAUUAUAUUAACAAUUCCAGCCCUUUAUGAGAGAUAUGAAGCUCAUAUUGACAAGUUCAUCAUAAUGGAGUACAGAAGAUUGCAGCAACUAUAUGCCUUCUUGGAUGAAAAAUGUUUCAGCAAAUUGCAAAAGUGGGUUGUGGAGAAGAGAAAACUCAGUUAAUAUCAUCAUCUUACAAUAUAUUUUUUGUACACUUUUAUAUUUUUUUGGGGGGAUGGGAAGUGUGAGAUUGGCUCUUUUGUUUUGUUUUAUCUUUUUUUUGGUAAAGAGAAAUUCCUUUUUGGGUUUUGUCUUUUAAGGCUGAAGUUUUGUAAUAGAGAAGUUGUGAGGACUCAUUGAUUCAGUGAGUAAACGAAUUCUCAUAUUAAAUGUAAUUUCAUCAUAGUAAAUCAUUUGUAUAAGACAUAGUUUUGGCUCA